AAACUUUAGCAGCAAGAAAGACUGGCUAUAGCUGUGACGGUACUAUCAAGUAUGAUAAGGUUCGCUCGCAAAAAUCCAGGGGAAACAAAUCUGCUCCAGAAUUUCUACAAGGCUAUCAGGCGGAUCCCAGGGUUAGUGGGCGUAAAAACAGGACUGAGGCUCGGGACAUGUCGAAUGAUGCCGGUCAGGUGUGUAGAGACCGAAAUACGAACCACAACUCUUGCCGUCCAGGGGGUCAGCUGAAACAUGCUCACAAAAAACAAUAUUUGGAUGAAUAUGAUUUGGUGGAGAUCUUGGCGCAGAAAGAAGACCUCACCAGCAGCAUCAUCGGGGUGAUAAAAGAGAGGAAUGUAGACAUUAAAGAUCUACAGAGGAUAUUAGAUAACAACGCGAAUAUUUUCCCCAUCAAGAACGAUAGGUUUUGCUUUAAUCAUAAGUUAAAACUAUGCACUGGACAUUUGGGUAGCAAAGGGUGCGAGAAGAAGAGAGAUUGCAUUGAUUUGCACAUCUGUCGGAAUUUCCUAGAUGAGAUUUGCAGGUAUAAAAGCUGUGAUUUAGGUCACAACUUAGCAACAGGACAUAACACGAAAGUUCUUCGGAACUUCUUCCUUGAUAGACUCGAAAGUGAUACUCUGCUAAGAGUGCUUUCGAAAACUCUUCCAAAGAGUACCAGCAAUUCCCACAAAGGAAAUGCAGAUCAGGAAACAAGAGACGAUGAGUUUCUCGAGACCAGUGAAUCUGAUGCUAAUCCUCCGAGUGGAAACGAUGACGAGUCUGAUGCUGAUCGUUUAAGUGGAGACAGAGUUGAGCGAAAAAAGCGUUCUCCAAACAAGACGAAAACACAAAUCCAGAGUGUAUGGUCCUCAGAUUCUAAUGGAGACGUAGGGAUCCCAGAAAUCUGCUACGAUUCGGUUGAAGGGAAAUGUGCAAGACAAGAUAUAGAUUGUGAGAGACUUCAUUCGUUUCAGCAUUUUUACUGGCAGAUUAGCAAAGAAAACAAUAAAUGGUUCAACCUGCAUCCUCAGCUUGUGUUCUGUUUAGAAAAGUCCUACUGCGAUGCCUCUAAAGAUGGUGCUAUCCUACCUAGACUGAAAGAAGCUGAUCUUCAAUCAUCUCAUACAGACGCUAUGAAAAUCCUUUCCCGCGAUGAAUGGACGUCAGACUUUCAAUCAAUGACUCUUGUAAAUUCCACUCACACCGUUAAUGUCCAUCUCCGCAGGCUGUGCUCACAGAACACUGCCAGGACGAGUGUGAAAGCAAAUACUUUCCGUUGGUUCUUCAGGGCCGAUAACCAGAAGUGGGUUCCCUAUGAUAACAUUGAUGAUAGUGAAGAACAAGGACUACACAUCACAGAUAUUUCAGAAGACAUCGAAAAACACUAUUUGGUUAAAUCUAACCAAUGUUUCACUAUAAAAAAACAAAAGUUCGCCUACGUCCUUGACUUUCAGAAAAUGUCCCAAUUAAAUGUAAUCACCAACAAGACCCGUGAAAUAAGGAGGCGUCCUCUAGAACAUCUGCAGGAUACUUCAGAUCGAUCUUUCUUACCAGAAGAUUGGGAAGAUAUGCAACCCAAGGAACGCAUGCGCCUUGUGGAUUUAGACCCAAACUCUAAUGAAUAUGAAGAUGUCAUCACUCUCUUGAAAGACGACACUUACAAGGCUAAAGUCCAGAAAAUUCAGCGAAAUCAGAAUCCAUACUUGUGGAAGACUUUUCAAAUCAAGAAAGAGGAGAUGAUCACGCAGUAUGGAGAUGAAGCCAGUGUGAAAAUGACAGACCUGUUUCAUGGCACAAAGCAUGACAUCGUGAGCAAUAUCUGUAAAGAGAACUUUGACUUCCGACUGCAUGGCGAAAAUACAGGGCACAUCUGGGGAAAGGGUUCAUAUUUUGGUAAUAAUAUUACCUAUUGCUACCGUUACUGUAGGCCUGACCAAGCAGGACUGAGAUACUUGUUUGUUGCUAAGGUUCUAAUAGGAACCAUAACACGUGGUGAUAAAGAACUCAAGAGGCCUCCUAUGAACACAGCAACAGGCAGUCUCUUUGACACAACUGUGGAUGAUGAGGCACAACCAACGAUAUUUGUAAAGUAUGAUAAACAGGAAUACUAUCCAUAUUAUGUUAUAACGAUGUCAUAGAUUACUAGCUCCAUUAAUUUUGUAUUCACUUA